AUGUUUGAGGUGAUAUUCGAGGUCUGUCCCCGCACCGAAAACUGGGAACUGUAUCUCUCUGCUGCGAAGCGGUUGCGACCUCUGCUAGAAUCGCAGAGGGGAUUUAUCGAGAACAUCCGCUACAAAAGCUUGACUCGUCCGGGCUGGGUGCUCUCUCUCUCUGACUGGGAAAACGAAAAGGCGCUCAUUCGAUGGCGGACGGAAAUGAAGCACCACGAUGCCCAGCAGGCUGGUCGCCAAAAAAUCCUGCAAGACUACCAUCUCCGGGUAGGGGAGGCUGUCUUCGAUACCGCAGUUUCGGCCGCGGCUGGAGAUCAACAGCCCACGCAGGAACGAUUUGAUGAGACUGAGGUUGGGGAAGCGAAGAUGGUUACUCUCAUCAAUACGACUUUAACACACACGGAUGCCCAGGGCAGGAAAGUUACGGCUCCUGCUGAUGAAAUGGUCGAUGCGAUACGCCUCCAGGUGAAAAACUGCAGGGGAUUGGUGGCGUGGGAUGUCUUCGAGGCAAUCCUGACGCCAGGAGAAGUGCUGGUUCUUUACUCCUGGAUCAAUAGGACAGCAGCGGAUCACUUUUUGCAUCAUGCUUCGGCUGAGAAGCGGAAGCGGCAAGUUCGUGUCAUUCGAGACUACGGCAUGGUCGAUCGAAGAGAAGCCCCUCAGUACUAUCCUGAAGCUCCUGCAUCUUGA